GUGGUCACAGUGGUCCAUUCGUAACACACCUACAAUUUUCGAACACAACCAUGACUGCUUCAAAUUCACGACACUUGCCUUUACUACCAUCCCAACACUUGUAAGUGUGACUCUAGCAGGACCAGUCCAGAAUAUUGUUGCCGACGACGGCGACUCAUCACGACCAAAAGACACUGACUUCCCUCUUUCCCUUGUCCUUCUUUUCUAUGGAACCAUACCAGGAUUCGAAUACGACUUCAUUGCUACGAUAUGGACAUCUCCCACCUCCGUAAACCGUCACGCACUCCUCCCAGCUGAAGGUUCUAAACUUGAAUUUAUUCAGCCUUUGCAAAACUGGAAGGCCGCGGAAACACUCUUGUCAACGCAGCGUGGCUGAUCGUGUCCGCACUGAUCGGCAAUGGCGUUGCUGCCGCCAUCGGAUUCAGUCUUCGUGGCGACGUUCAAUGAGGAAGACCCGAGAGUGAACACGCCUGCCGAGUCGCUGUUUCUGCUCAACGACUUUGUAGGGCUCGUACUUGGCUUAAAGUCACUUGAGGGCGCGGAUAUCGAUAGAUUUAGGCACUUGGUGUCGGCGCCGUUGGUGCAGGGGGUGGUGAGUUGCUUGAGGCGCUCCGGAAUUAGCAAGAACGAGGUCGAGCAGGGUGAGCUCUAGGGGCGGCGGAAUGAUUUCUCUUGAAUUGUGGAUGUAACGGUGUAGAGUACAGCCUAGAAUCAUCGAUCAUGUUCGAACUACCAGCAAAGCGGAGGAAGGAGCGACUGGCGUUGCUUGUCUAAUUCUUGCAUCUGCGAUAAUAGCCAGAUCGCUGGGAUUGUGAAUCCAAUGACAAACUGUGUUCCGAAUCGACAAGACAUGUUAGGCAGCAAUGCACUACUCGCAUUGCAGAUGUGUGAAGCGGGACUCCGAGAGGUAACGGAAUCGGAGUGGAACCAGUAUCCACUUCCUGACUGGUUUAGUAUAAAGAGCGUCUCAUCCCAACCUUUUGACUC